UGUCACUUCACUUGUCAAAAGUCAAGUCUUUAUGCUAAGUAAAGUAGUGGAUUGGACACUGGACAUAUCAUGUCUCGCAUAGCAAAAUUUUAUUGUUUAUUAAAUUUUACAGAGUAGUUUUAUUAGCAAUAGUCUGUUAGAUAGUUAGCUGUUCUUUCACUCUGAAGAUCGUAGGAUUAUUGUGACACCACAGACCACUAAUAUUCGUGCCACAAACUAUGGCUGGAUCAUCUCUAAUCGAAGUAGUGAAACGGCAAGCAAUAGCGACUUUCACUAAACUUGCUGGAGGAAUAUCAUCUAAUUUUGAGGAUAAUCUGUCUAAACUUACAGGUUUAAUGAAUAAGGUAACCAGUGAUGACGUCAAUUUAGAUGAAUGUUUAUCAAGUGAUUGUUCAGAAGAUGCAAAUGCGCCAGUCGCGUACAUAAACAUUCAUGACGAUCCUAACCUGUCCAUUGGUGUAUUUGUUUUGAAAAAAGGUGCUAGACUUCCUCUUCAUGACCAUCCAUUGAUGUAUGGAAUUUUAAAAGUAAUUCGUGGCACUGUGCACAUUCAAAGCUAUUCUAUACUAACAAAUCCAGACGUUAGAGAACAAGAAACACUGAGUGCAUCUAAAUCUGAUUUGCAUCCUAGUGAAGUUGGAUUGACCAAAGAUACACUGUAUAGGCCAGUGGUUUUACUUGCUAAGAAGGAACCAGCAUCAUUGAUAGGUGAAAAAGACAGUGCUUGUGUUUUGUCCCCUCUUGUUGGCAACUUACAUGAGAUCCAUAGUGUUAAUGGACCAGCUGCAUUUUUAGAUGUUUUAUCUCCAUCUUAUAACACAGAUAUCCCUGGAGUUGGUCCACGUCCUUGCCGUUAUUUCAAAGAACUGGAAUGCGAUACAGUUUCCCAAAGUGAAAUUGAACGAAGACCAUUAAGAAAAUUAAUACGUAUCUCACCUCCGCCAGAUUAUUGGAGUUGCUCAUUGCCAUACAAAGGACCAUAGGCUAAGAUUGUAGGUAAAUUGUUAAUCGUUGACUUCUCGUAUUAGGAUAACUGGACAUAUUGUUGAUACUUAUCUGUAGUGUAUUAAAGAUAAGUAGGCAUAAUG